ACGGCCCGCGCAGAGAUCACACUACAGUCUACACUCUGCAGUCUGCCGUCUGCGCGCGAGCUUCCUCCAGUCCUAGUGCAGUGCGCGUGCGAUUUGAAAGAGUGUCUGCCUAGUCUUGAGUCUUGACUAGCGACAGCAGCAGAGCAGCACGGCGCCCUAAGGAUGUCGUGGCUCCUGGGCAAUCAGUACAAGCAGCACAGCCAGCCGCCCCCGGAGUUCCCGGGUGGCGCGGCUGGAGGAGCCGCGGGAGGUACAGGCGGUGGUGCCGGCGACCAGCCACCCUCGAAGCUGAGCAAGAGCCAAAUGGAGGCCUACAGGUUCGACUCGAGUGCCCUGGAGAGGGCCGCGGCCGCCGCCAAGGAGCUUGAACGGUCGUCUCAUGCAAAGGAUGCACUCGAGCUGUCAAAGUUGCAGGAAGCAACUAGACAAACUGAGCUACAGGCAGAGCUGAAAAAGUAUGAGGCUGGAAUUGAGCAAAUGAAAGCUGAACAAAAACGCGUAGAAGGGGAGGAGCGCAGAAAAACAAUGCAAGAGGAAACCAAACAGCAUCAGAUGCGCGCACAGUAUCAGGAUCAAUUAGCCAGGAAACGCUAUGACGAUCAGCUAGCCCAGCAGCAAAGGAUGAAUGAUGAGAAUCUGAGAAGACAAGAGGAAUCAAUAGCCAAGCAAGAAGCCAUGAGAAAAGCCACAAUUGAGCACGAGAUGGAUCUAAGGCACAAAAAUGAAAUGAGGAAAUUGGACGCUGAACUGAAGGCUAAAGCAAAGAUUGACAGGGAAAAUCAAGAUUUGAAUUUGGAGCAAAUCAGGCUAAAGGCUUCGGAGCACAGAAUCACAGUUAUGGAGUCUAUUAAAACUGCCGGUUCAGUGUUGGGUUCUGGCGCGUCAGCCCUGUUGAAAGAUUGGGACAAAAUUCUGGCAGCAGCCGGUGGUCUCUCACUAGUGGCCCUUGGUGUCUACACAGCAAAGGGCUCAACUGGCGUGGCAGGUCGCUACAUCGAAGCACGCCUUGGAAAGCCUUCACUCGUGAGAGAAACAUCGCGUUUCUCGGCUCUAGAAGCUCUGCGUCAUCCAAUUCAAACAGUCAAGAAACUCAAGCCCAAACAGACGGACGCUCUCCAAGGUGUCGUGCUUGCACCAAAACUUGAAGAGCGACUUCGAGAUAUUGCUAUUGCUACAAAGAACACAAAGCACAAUCGCGGAAUGUACAGAAAUAUACUCAUGCACGGUCCUCCUGGAACUGGUAAAACCAUGUUUGCAAAGAAAUUGGCAGAGCAUUCAGGUAUGGACUACGCGAUUCUGACAGGUGGUGACUUGGCACCUCUGGGCCGCGACGGAGUCACGGCGAUCCAUAAAGUCUUUGACUGGGCCUCGACCUCCAGACGGGGCCUUCUGCUUUUUAUUGACGAAGCUGACGCGUUUUUGCGUAAACGUUCGAGCGAGCACAUAAGCGAGGAUCUGCGUGCUAUGCUCAAUGCUUUCCUCUACCGCACGGGCGAGCAAAGCAGUAAGUUUAUGCUGGUACUCGCGUCUAACACACCUGAGCAGUUUGACUGGGCUGUAAAUGAUCGCCUCGACGAGAUGGUUGAGUUCUCGCUGCCUGGACGCGACGAACGUGAACGUCUCAUCAGAUUGUACUUUGACAAGUUCGUCUUACAACCCGCUACUGAGGGCAAACGAAGACUCAAACUCGCUCAAUUCGAUUACGGCGCGCUCUGUAGUAAGAUGGCCGAUAUGACCGAGGGUAUGUCCGGUAGAGAGCUCGCUAAACUCGGAGUUGCUUGGCAAGCUGCCGCUUAUGCCUCGGCCGACGGAGUACUCACUGAACAGAUGGUCAUCGAGAAGUGCGCCGAGUCUGUCAAACAACACAGGCAAAAGGUACAAUGGCAAAGUGAGCAAGAAAAGAAAGAGUCCAAGUCGAUCUAUGCCAGCGACAAAGAUCAGUCGGCGACUCACGUUCAGAAGAAGAAUGUUCCUGCCAUUGAGGCAUCGCCCGAACCCGUUUCUAGUUCUGUAGCUGCCAGUGCCUAAAGCUUGCGCGUCUCGAUGGCGACGACGGUAUUGAGAAUCCAAAGUUGAAAUAAAUUAGAGUUUACAAUCUAUGGCGAAAGCAAGAAGAAACGUCAUGUAAAAUUAUCAUUACAUGACUCGACAGCCAUUUUUUUGAAAAUAGUCGAACUUGAAUUCCCAAUUGCGUAGAAUUUUGAUUUCUAUGUACUUUUGUAAGAAUUCCGUUAUUGCGAAUUCGUUGGCAUUUAAAUGACUCAAAAUAGUGUACAUUUGUAUCGAAGAAAAAACGCUAAUACUAAUUAGUUUUGGAAAAAAUUCCAAAAUUGUUAUCACGCGAAUUCAUUCAUAAAUGUGUGAAUAUCAACACGUAUAUCUGAUGUGUAUGUAUAUACUGAGUUUUUAUCGGUCAAAGAAUCUAUUUUAAUAAUUUUUUUUCCUAAGUUCUAUAUUAUAUUCUGUAUUAUAUUUUACAAAAUACUGUGUCAUAAAAAAAUACAACUAUACAGGUGCAUUUUGAAAUAGAUCUGUAUUGGUAAGAACUCAGAAAUAAUGCGCAAAUAAAAAUUUCUUUGCAAAAAGUUGAAUCGCGCAAGUAAUUCUUAAGAUCAAGUUAUUGUUGUUUUCUGUUAAUAAAACAAUAGUGUAAAAAAUUUAUCCUGAAAAUCAUAGCCUUGUUAUUACAAUGUUUCAUGCUUACACAUAAGUACGUGGUUUUAUAGUAUAUUUCUGUCCUUUCAGGUAAUAAUCUGACAUCUUUUAAUAAAAAAUAUAAUUAAAUACA